GCGCCUGCCACCUGCCACCGACGAUGACGGACGCUGCGCCAACUGACCGCCGCCUGCGCCUGACGCUGCACGCGGCGAGAGACCUCGCGGCCGCCGACUACACCUUUGGCGGUAUCUCGCGCGGCAAGAGCGACCCGUACGUGGUCUUCCGCAUUGGUGACCAGCGCUUUACAAGCAGCUGCAUUGCAUCGACGCUCAACCCGGUCUGGGGCGCCGAGGUCUUUGAGUUCGCGCUGAGUGCGGACGCCAUGUACACCAGCGCGCUCGUCGUCGAGGUGUACGACCACGACCUCUUCAACGCCGACGACCUCAUUGGCUCGACCGUCCUCGCCUUGGCCCAGUUCGAGAUGGACAAGACCGCGCGGUCGAUCGAGUGGCCGCUCGACGUGCCCGACGAGUUUAGCAGCCAGAAGGUCCAGAGCGUCCUCCUCGUCACGGUCCACGUGCUCGAGCCCUAUAGCGACCCGGCGCUGCAGGCCGAGAUCGUCGACGAGAUGGUCGAGACGCAAAAGUGGCGGCCGAUCUCGGGCUGGGGGCACUCGAAAAUGGAGACAACGGUCGAGCACGUGAUUCCGGCCGCGUUCACGUCACCCGUCGGGUGGGUCAUUGCGCUGCACGAGCCGCGCCAGCAGACCAGCAACCAGCAUCCGAGCAUUGCCGACGACCUCUGUCCCGACGGCUGGCUCUACGCCGCGUCCUGGGACGGGCCGUGGUACAAGAGCGCGAGAGGCCACCCGACCGCGCUCUGCCGCAAGCGCAAAUGGACCAAGACGUACGUGCGCACACGCCGCGCGCUCUCGACGACGCAGCAAGACAAGACGAUUGACGCGAUCCUCGGCAAGUAUGGGCUCACCGAAGAUGACGACGACGACAACCAGUGGCUGCACGAAUAAGAAC